AUGUCUCCUUGUGAUAAAUCCCUGAAAACCACUGAAGAAGUGGCUCUUCAAAUCCUCUUGUUGUGCCAGUUUGGCAUUGGGACUAUCACCAAUGUAUUUCUUUUUGUCUAUAAUUUUUCUCCAAUCUUGAUGGGUUUUCAACAGAGGCCCAGGCAGGUGAUUUUAAGCCACAUCGCUGUGACAAAUGCCUUGGUUCUCUUCAUCACUACAUUUCCAAACAGCAAGGUGGCUUUUGCUCCAAGAAGUCAUCAAACUGACCUCAAGUGUAAAUUAGAACACUUCACUCGCCUGGUGUCAAGAAGCACAAACUUGUGUUCCACCUGUGUCCUGAGUGUCCAUCAGUUUGUCACUCUUGCUCCUGUUAAUAGAGGUAAAGUUAUACUCAGAGCAAGUGUCCCAAAUUGGGUGAGUUAUUCUUGUUACAGUUGUUGGUUCUUCAGUGUCUUAAGUAACAUCUACAUUCCAAUUAAGGUCACUGGUCCACAGAAAACAGAAAAUAACACUGACUGUAAAAGCAAGUUUUUCUGUACCACUUCUGGAUUCAGUGUAGGCAUUAUCUUCUUGCUGUUUUCCCAUGAUACCAUAUUCAUGAGCAUCAUGGUCUGGACCAGUGUCUCCAUGGUACUUCUCCUCCAUAGACACAGGCAUCGAAUGCAGCACAUCCUCACUACGACUCGAGACCACAGAGGCCAAGCUGAGACCAGAGCAACCCAUACUAUCCUGAUGGUGGUGGUCACAUUUGUUGGCUUUUAUCUUCUACAUAUUAUUUGUAUCAUUUUUUACACCUUUUUUAUAUAUUCUCAUCAAUUCCUGAAGCAUUGCAAUCAAGUUUUGGUUGCAGGUUUCCCCACUAUUUCUCCUUUAUUGUUGAUCUUCAGAGACCCUAAGGAUCCUUGUUCUGUGUUCUUCAACUGUUGAAAGCCAGAGUUACUAAAAAAGCCAAAAACAGAAGACAGCUUUACUAAACCAUUAAAUAUUUAUUUCAUAAAUAUGUUUUCAACAUCUUGUAUGAACAUGGUAUGGUGCUCACUGCUGUAAUUUUAAAAGAGUAAGGUUAUAAUCAUUUGUUGAUGUGAAAGAUUUCUGGUUAGAAACAGACUGACACAGUGAGUUAUUCACCACCCUCCAUUCUCUUGUAUAUAACUGCACUCUGCUGCAGGCUGGUCUAAAACAGAUGAAACCCAUUUUCCCUAAAAGGUUUAAUGUAUUAUAAGGUCCUGAUCAAAGUAUUACUCUCUGCUCCUUUUAACUUAACACAUUAAACUUCAGAUAAGAACAGAAUCCCUCUCUAUAUUUCUCCAUAUAAACAAAUGAAAAUGUAUUGUUAUGACUAGAUGUUUUCAAAGAUGAAAUGUUUGUUAAUUUUAUAUAUUGCAUGUCAUUACAUUUUAGUUAGGAGAAAUAUACUUUGCUAUCUUGGACUCCA